UUCGAUCGGGAUCUGGAUUCCUAAUGUUUUCGAUUUACUUCAUUGCUCCACGCGAGCGUCGUCACGUACACUAUCAUGACUAUGGCACAGGUUCAGUUGAAAAUGUAGGACUCCUUAAUGGUUUUAAAGGUAAACUACCAUUCAGUUGUUUCCACAAGCUGAGUUUCGGUAAAUAGCCUGGAAUCAUGGGAAGCUUUGGGGGUCACGCCCUUCCUGGGUCUUUCUUCAUUAUCAUGUCAAUUUGGUGGACCGUCUGUGUUUUCAUUCGGCACUUCAAGUCCUUGAAAAGAAACACCCGAUUCAAAUCAUCCGUAACUUUUCCCUUCCUCUGCUGUCCUGGAAGGCUUAAAGCAUGGCCCUUGGAAGCCAUGUUGAAACUUUUCAUGGUGUCUGUUGGAUUUUCAUUGGAAAUUUACACCGGCAUGAGUGAUGGGAAAUUCUCAGCCCUUGGAAAUGGACAGCAUGCCACCAUGUUUUUCUUUUUCGGUAUGGCUGCGGUAAUAGACUUGCUUUUAUUUUAUGAUGUGCCAUUGCCUAAGGACUUAGACUAUGUUGCAACUAUCAUCGCCAUAGGUAUUGAAGGGCUUUUGUUCAAAUUUCAUCUCCAUGGGCGAUCACACUUGGAUGUGCAGCUGCAUACCCUUCUUAUUUACACCAUUGCCUUAAAUACAAUAGGAAUAAUCUUAGAAAUGAAGUAUCGUAACAAUGUUUUGUGUGCUCUUUCCCGGUGCUAUGGGUUUUUACUCCAGGGUACGUGGUUCUGGCAAAUUGGAUUCAUCCUUUACAACCCAAAUCCGAACCAUAUUCCAUGGAAACCGGAUGACCAUGAUGAUUUAAUGAUUGCGACUAUGUUCUAUGCUUGGCACGCUGCCGCAGAUUUCCUCGUUAUUCUGUGCAUUGGCGGAGUGAUAGCCUGUAUUCAUCGACGAUGUGGAGGAUAUGAUGAAAAAGAUGAAUUUGCGAUGAAAAGACUGAUCCACACUGGUUCCAACGGCCAAACCUUGAUCUCAAUGCAUGAGGACAGUGACAGUGAUAUUGAAAUCCAUAAACCUGUAUCCAAAUAAUCCAGGUCUGUCAUCCAGGCAAUCCAGCCCAUGCAGUGUAUGCAAAUGAUGCUCUACUCCUUUAAGCCAUAACACAUAUGUAGUAUACAUCAAGUAACGUCCUAGAUGUUUAACCUAUUUUUAUAUUCAUAUUAAAUUUAUUCAUUAUAGGUAUCAUAUUGUAAAAACCUUUGUUUCAUUUAAUCUUAUCAUUGACUUUGCUCUUAGUUUCAACAUAUUUUGCCUGGUAUAUUCUUUUGCAGCUUUAAUUAUCUGUAGAAAUCCUUGUUUUCCAGAAUUUUUUUUGGAAUUGAUGUAAGGAGCUUAUAUUUUUUUAGAUAAACAAAGUCCAAGCAGCUCUAAAUAUGUCAUUUACUUCCAUCCUUUUUAAUUAUCAUUACUCUACCUGAAUGAUGUUUUUUUUUUGUGUUUUUUUUUUAACUUUUAUUAUCUUACUUUAAACGUUUAUAAUGCCAAAUUUCAAACUUCAUUGGUUAAAUUUUUUUUUUCUUUUUUUGAAUAAAAGGAAAAUGGAUCAGUUUAAUCAUUUUACUACAUGUAUAUCUCAAUUCAAAUAUAAAAAAGUUAAAAAGCAUUAAUUUUAUAGCUAAUGCAUUAAUUUGUGGGCUUUUCACAAACUAAUGUUUUCUUUCCAUAUCCAUUGAACCAGAAAUAAUUUUGAGAGAAAACAUUGAAUGGUUAAUGAAAUAUUUUUGCCUUAAAGCGUUUUUCUAUUAUUUAAAGCUUAUUGAUUUUCCCAGUUUGUCGUCAACAAGCACUGCCAAGCAGAGGCAGUUACAUUAUAUUGUUUGUAGCCUGAAUGGACAAUUUAAUUUUAAAUGGAUACAAUUCGAAGUUGCUGAACAGCCAAAAAUUUACCCUCUUUAACCUGGGUUUUGGCAGCUUUUAAAGUAAAAAAAAAUAUUGCCUUCAAAAACUCUUCAAAUCUCUAGUUAUGAAUAUAAUAACAUGAAGCUUAUCAAGCUUUUAGAAGUCUUGUGCAACACAGCUAAUUUUAUUUAUCCAAUCAAAACACUUGUUACAAUUAACCAUAUUAAAUUAUGUUUAGAAUCUUUUUGCUGUUGUGAUUUUUUCCCCCUUUUUUGUCCAUUCUGUUACAUGUAAGAGAACAUGCAUGCAUUGUGAUAGAUUCAAACACUAUAUUCAACAAUGUUCAAUGAUAUAAUAUAAUGUUGUGGAUGUUAAAUUUAGUGAUAUCUCUCUUUUUUUUUUCUUUUUUUUCAUGUUUUUGCAAGUACAUAUCAUAUAUUUUUAAAGCAUGCAGAUUAAAUUUACUAAAGAAUUGAAACAUUUUUUUUUCAAGAAUUAAAAAAAAAAUUAUUCUAUAGAUUAAAAAAUGAAUGUACAAUGUACCCCAAAACUUUUGAAAAAUGCCAAUUUUUAAAGGAUUUAUCCUACAUGUGUACCAUCCAUUUAAAAUGGAAAAAAUGUGUGUUAAUUAAUUAAAAUGUGAUGAACAAGUUUUUACCAACUGUUUUUUUAAUUUGAUUUCUUCCAAUAGACUUAAAGUUUGUUUUAUACAUACAUGUAUCCUUUAUAUUACUAGUAUAGACAAAAAUGAUCUACUUCUUAGCAUAAUAACUUAAUUUCAGAUGAAAAAAAAUCAAAACCAAACUUGUAUUCAUUAUAUGUGAAAACUAUAUACAUAUAUAGUAAGUGUUUAUGUUUAGUAAACCUUUUCAACUUUUGUGUAUAUUUUGUAAUAUUUUAUUCAUUUUUAAAUAGUAUAUCAUGAUAUUUAUUUUCUUUUUGAUGUUAGUGAGUAAAUCAAACUGUUCUAUUGUUAAAAAUUGUGCAUGAAGUUUUUGUUUAAUAUUCAUGAUAAUAGUCAACACUUUGAUUAUAUGUACAUUUAUUUCUUUGUGUUAUUUAUCACAAAUUAUUAUUAUUCAAUUGAUAAUUACAAAUAUUAUUUGUUAACAGCAUUAUAUUUAAGCAUGCAGUGUAUUUUAAAAAUUAGAAAACAUGUUUAAAAAAAGAUGAACAAAAAAAUUUGCAUGGCACUGAUGAGUAGAGAGGAAAAGUUAAGAUUUAAGAAUUUUCUAUCAUGUUUAAGAUGUCAGUAUUUUUUUGGAAUUCGUUAUAAACGUACAAAUCAAGUUAACAUUGAAAUUAACAUACGGAACCAGAUAAAACUGUCACAUCAGAAACUACCAGCACAUUAAAGUGUUCAAACAUUAAAUGAGAUUAAAUUCCAUGACAUUUUUUUUAGUAUUAAAGAAAAACCUCAGUACUAGUGAUUGUAUUUUCUUUAUAAUACCUGGAUUUUAAGAAAUAUUAAACUUUAGCUUAGUAUCAAAAUAUCUGUUUAAAUAUAUUAUGUUUUUAUUUGUUUCAUCAUGAAGACUUGCAUAUUAUUUCUUAAUCAUAUUAGGAAAGGAUUUAAAAAAAAAAAAAAAAAAUAGUAGGUUAUACUAAUGUAUAAUAAUGCUGGGUUUUUUUUAAAGAUUUAUUUGGCAUAUUUUGUUUUUAACAUUUGUAAAGGUUAUUUGGCAUGAGUUAAGGUUACUCACUGUCCCCUGUGGUUUUGAUGUCAGGUUUACCUAUUAGUCCCUUAUGAUUUCUCAGGUUUAUCAUCUUUUUACAUAAAUUAGUUGUUGUGUUAGUUCUAGUAUGCAACUAAAUUACUUCAUAUCAUACACAAAGUAUUUAGUUUAUUAAAAGAAGAGAGAAGAACAGGUCUUUAAAGUGAUUUAUCAGCUGUUUUCAGAGCUUUUUUUAUUGGAAAGAAUAUUAAAUAUUCCAGGAUUAUGAAUGAAGGAGAGAUUUGAAUUAAACAUUGGGACCUGAAAGCAAGACUCGUUCUCGUGUUGAGGGAUAAGAUUUUAAUGUCAUUUGACAUUGUGCAUUGUUUUACACAAUGCUAUAUUUUUUUCCAGGAAAAGAAAGAAAAGAAAAAAAAACAUUUAUUAUGAGCCCUGUGUCUAAACAACUUGAGCGAAAAUACAGAAAAAAUAAGAUAUUCCCUGCUACAAAGCAUUUCAUGUCAAUUUAAUACAAGUAUAAUUAUACAGUUGCUUCAAAUUGGUUAAAAAACACAAGGAUUACUAUAAAAGUUAUUUUGACAUUUACAUUUAGAUGCAUGCUCAGGCAUGACAUUUCUGCAUUGUAAUUAAUACUCUGUGGAAAAAGUUGGUUCAUUUAUUUUACAUUAGGAGUAAUAGUAAGCAAAAAAUGACUUUUAACGAGUACAGUGUGAUGGUAAUUUCUGUGUAAAGUUAUAGAUGUAUGUCAAGAGCGUUAGAACUGUGGAAAAGAAAGCAGUCCUUUAUUGAGUAAAAUAGAAAGAAAAGAUUGUUACUGGAACUUUUAUGAUGAACAAAUACUGUUUAUAGUGAACAUAAAUGUUACUUUUGCAAUGGAAUGUAAUGCUUACAUGUUCAAACGUUUUGAAUGAAUGUCCUGACGUCAUAAUUAUUUGUUGUAUGCUGGUAAGAAACCAAUCAAUUAAAUUAAUUUCUUAAUUUUAUUAAUUUUUUGUUAAAAAAAAAAUUUGAAUGUUUUAUUUCAAUUGUGUUAAAAUUCUCUUCUCUGUUAUUAGCAUUUAUUUCUUGUUGACGCAGUUUGAAUUAAAAAGUUUAACCUUA